GGGCCGCCCUGCCCACCUCUUCCCGGUCGUCGCCGCCGCCGUCACCGCCGGAGUCGCCGGGAUCCUCUGGUCGGCGAGUGUUAGUUGCGAGCCAGCCGCGUGUCUGUCGGCCCAGCUUCCUGUCGCCGCGGCUGCCAGCUCGAGGGGCGGGUCGCGUCGGGCUUCCUCAACCCUCACACCCCACCCACCCAGCCAGCCAGCCGGUCACCCGCCCGCGCGCGGCUCGGGGGCCAUGGACGACAUGAAGCUGGAGUUCCCCUCGCUUCCACAGUGCAAAGACGACGCCGAGGAAUGGACGUACCCUAUGAGACGAGAGAUGCAAGAAAUUUUACCUGGAUUGUUCUUGGGUCCAUAUUCUUCUGCUAUGAAAAGCAAGCUAUCUAUACUCCAGAAACAUGGGAUUACUCAUAUAAUUUGCAUACGACAAAAUAUCGAAGCAAACUUUAUUAAACCAAACUUUCAACAGUUAUUUAGAUAUUUAGUCUUGGAUAUUGCAGAUAAUCCAGUUGAAAAUAUAAUACGUUUUUUCCCUAUGACUAAAGAAUUUAUUGAUGGAAGCUUACAAAAUGGAGGAAAAGUUCUUAUCCAUGGAAAUGCAGGUAUCUCCAGAAGUGCUGCCUUUGUUAUUGCAUACAUUAUGGAAACAUUUGGGAUGAAAUACAGAGAUGCAUUUACUUAUGUCCAAGAAAGAAGAUUUUGUAUUAAUCCUAAUGCUGGAUUUGUCCACCAACUUCAGGAAUAUGAAGCCAUCUACUUAGCAAAAUUAACAAUACAGAUGAUGUCGCCACUCCAAUUGGAAAGGUCCUUAUCUGUUCAUCCUGGUACCACAGGAAGUUUGAAAAGAACACAUGAAGAAGAAGAUGAUUUUGGAAAUAUGCAAGUAGCAACUGCACAGAAUGGCUGACCUAGAAGGAAUAUUACAGAGGGUGUGAAUUUCUUUUUGGAAAGGAGAAAAAUCCUAGAGAUAUUAAUGAAAAUGGCAAGAAAAACAAGUAGUUUCUUUUCAAUCACAUGUUGCUUCCAGACGUUUCUGUACAACUUGUUGGGCAACAUUGUAAGAAGAUGUUGUUGGACUUCUACAAUAGACAGCACUGAUGGUUUGACUUUAAAAAAAAUUUACAGUUUUAUUAUAAACCAAGAAUUUUGGACUUGCAAAGAGGUAUUAUUGCAAUAAUGCACUUUUCAUACUUGAAAUUUAUUUGUAUGAUAUAAAGCUAUUAAACAAAAUGCAAGUUAGGGGGGAUUUGUUUAUAAAUUUUGGGUAAUUUAUAACAAAAGAAUUUCCUAAGGUUUGCUAAAAUUUCAUCUUGUGUUCUGUAUAUUAAUUACAUUUUAAAAACAACUUUACAGUUCAGUUUUAUGAUGGAGCCUCUUACAGAAACAUAGGACUCUGCUACAUUUUAGUAUGAUUUAGUAACUUAAUUACCAUUUUUUAAAACUUACUGGCCCUUAAUAUCUUUAAAUCAUGACAUUAGCCAACUCUCCUAAUUUUACUAAGUCCAACUAAUCCAAUUAAUGCUUCUUAAUUUAUAAGAGAAAAAAGUUUAAUGAUCAGAGAAAAUGGCUGUACUUGGUAGUACUAAAUGCUUAAAGUAAGGACAGUGCUAUAUUUCUCAACUUUUUUUUUUGUAACACAAAUAUGUUGCUUUCGGAAUUGCCUGGUCCUUUUUAGCAUUAGUCCAAAAUGAUUCUAAAUAGAUAACCAGUGUAGCACUAUUUUUUUCCCAAAAUGAAGUCCCCCACAAAAGAAAAGUGCCUUGCAUUGUUAAUAAAUGAAUUAAAUCCUCAUGACCUGUAAAUUAGUAUAUAGAACACCAACAAGUUAACAUUUUUCUCUGUAGUUUGUUUUGUUUUUUUAACCAUAAGUUUAGUUUAAAGUGAAUGUGUGAGGCUUUAAGAAACAUUACUAAGAUAUUUGGAAUAUGGAACAUAUACUUCUUUUGUCUUCAUGAUUCUGUGAGGUUGUUACAGCUUAGAUAGAAGCUGUUGUUUGAAGAUGCAUUUAUUGAGAAAACAAUGUGUGGGUAGCUUUAUCAUUUCAAUCAGUUCUUUAAUCCAAAUUUCCCCCAUAAUUUGCAUUAGCAAAGUCACUUUAUGGGUCUUUAGUUUUCCAUGUUUUUAUUUAUAUACACACAUAUAUAUAUAUAUAAGUUGUAAGAAAAACAUUUUUACUAUUUUAAGUAUGAUAUGAGGGAAGACAGGAGAGUGUUUUUAACUUUUUGUAUUGAUGACUUUAGGGGAGCACAAACAUAACUCCUUACUUUUCUCAGUCCUCUCUCGAGCUUUUACUGAUGGGAAUGAUAUCCAUAUAUUUCCUUAUUACCAAAAGGCACUAUGCAAAGUAACUUGUUACAUCAUGUUACUUGCUUUGCUUUCCUCCUUAUGAUGCAAAGUACAGGAAAAGCUCUUCGACCUGGCGUACUGGGAGAGUAAAAAUGAGUAUUAAGAGUUGAUUCUUGUUGGCUCAUGUGGUAGUCCUCUUCUGAUUUCCCAUCCCUUUUCCUAUCUUACCCUAAAUACAGCAAUGUAAAUCCCAUUGUUAGCCAGUACUUAGUUGUAUGAUUAGGACAUUGGUGUUGUGGUUUAGUGGAGUCAAGAUUGCAUUGAGCAUUCAAAAGUUCUAGCUGGUAAAGAACCAGAUAGCACAGCUUUCCUAUAUAUACACAUCACUAUCAGACAGGUCAGCAAAGAGCUCUUACAUUAUGAUACUUCUUUAAGCAGAAAUUCUGCUUAAAAUAAUAAUCAUAAAGGAAAAUUAAAAAAUUUAAAUAUGAGACUCUUUUUUUUUUUUGGAGGCAAGGUUUCACUGUAGCUCAGGCUGACCUGAAAUUAUUUGUGGGUUUUUUGUUAGUUUCAUAAAAAUACAUAUUCUCAGUAAUGUUCUGACCAAAAAUACAGAGUAGGUUAUUGAUAGCAAUUUGUAACUGGUAAUUUUCCACUUUUUCUAAUCACUAUCAUUUUUAGGUUCUCACUUAAAGUGCCUACCCAGCUCUAGACACUGAAGACAGUCUCACACUAGGGACUGCCAUCAUUUUGAGUACACUACUGCUGUGGACAAAACACAAGGUCUAUUAUCACAAGUUUGUUUCUCCUUGGAUCUGUUUACUUUCUGUUGAAGUAGUUCUUCCUAUUUACUCUAGUUGGCUCCAUUUCUGUGACUCUUAUUUCCAGUAAUGUUUUGUGAUAGUUGUGAUAAACAUGACCAAUCAUGAUUUAUUUUCUAUAGGAUUUGAAUGGCAUGGGAAAUCACCCAGUUUUAACAUAAGUAUGAAAUCUAGAUACAAAACCUAAAGUGAUAUUGUGUUAAAACAGGGAACCUCAUUACUGUCCACUUUGAAAGUAUGAAACAUACUGAAAAUAUUCAAGAUGGAAUGGCAGUAUUAAUCCAAUUUUAGCUAAUUGGUUCAUUUUAACUUCAGAUCUGUUAGAUGUAUAGACAAUAGUUAACUUCGUUGAUUUGAAUUUAUCUUAUGGUGGAAAUGGUAAAAGUGUGAUAGCUUUUGAUACCAACUUUUAACCACCUAACUUCUAGAGCAGACUGUUCAUUUUAGGGGGAUUUUGUGCUUAAUAUGUGUUUAGAAGUAAUGUAUCAAAAUGUUAAGCAUGUCCUUUGUAAGAAAAUAUAAGGCUCCUAUCUAAUUACCAUGGUAAUUCAAGUGAAUCAGAAACCAUUAAUUACAACCUUGAAUUAUAAAGUUGAGAUGUGUGUAUUAGGAUCUCAACUUGGUGUAAAGUAAAUGAGCAGUUACCUGGCGGAUUUUUUUUAAAGUAAUUGUUUUAAUCCGCAAUUCCAUAACAAACAUAGCUUCAUUUCAGUAUUUACAUUAUUUUUGUCUGUUAAAGAACACUCCAGUAAAGAAAUGAUAGCUUAGAAUUACUUUAUUUUUUAUUUUUUUAGGUAGGGUUUCACUCUAGUUCAGGCUGACCUGGAAUUUACUAUGUAAUCUCAGGGUGGCCUCAAACUCACAGUGAUCCUCCUACCUCUGCCUCCUGAGUGCUGGGAUUAAAGGCCUGUGCCACCAUGCCUGGAUCCUGUUUAUUAAUUAUUAUUUUUUUUUUUUUUAGAGAAAUAAGGUUCUAGGGUCUUGAGUGCUAGAUUUUCUUUGUCUUUCCCAUCCAUGGCAGCUAAAAAAAAAAAAAAAAAUCACUCAAAAAUUUGAGGUUUACAUGUUAAGCUCUCUCACAGGGAGUUGCCAUACCUCACAGUUCAAAGGGUAUUCUAUGAAUCAGUAACAUAAUACUGACAUGUAAUUGCAAUUUACUAUGCAGCAAAAAUGAUUCAAGAAGAAAAAUAACGUACAGUGUCUAUUUACCUUUGUAUAGGCAAUUGGUUACGUUACUCUUGCUUUUAACAUUUGUACUUGGAUAAAAUGCUCAUGUAUGUAUAGGAAUGUCACAGUGCAAGAUGCUGCUACCAGGCACAAAGUAUUAAAAGUUAUUUUGUGAA